CCUGUGUUUUGUGAACUUUUUUUCCGUUUUUGCAUGCUUUUUUACUUGCACUUUGCCGUUUUUGCGGAACCUCAAGAAGGCUUGCAAUAUACUUAUUUUUAGCAGAAAAACAGAGGUCCUUAUCGUAUCGCUCUCAAUGCAGUUCGUUCCAGAAUUACGCUUCUUUCAGGCAUCUCAUGACGAACUAUCCAGUUCCAGGCCUACCGAUACCGUUUGAGAAGUUUGAAAGGUAAUAAUUACGAUACGAUACGGAUUAGUAUUGGACACGUUGGGAACAUUGAGAGACACAUAACAUUGAGAACUCCUUUCGAGUUGGCAUUUGAUGGCGUUUAUCCCCGCCAUGCAUGCACGAAGAAUCCCCCCUACGGUUGCGAGAAGUGUGCUCUGCUCGAUUAGCCAAAGAACUCCGCAGAGUGCGAACACGGGGGAAGCACCUUGGAAAAGCACUGUGCGCUGUCUUCUAACGCGCUCCUCGACGGAAAUUGCGGCCGCAAGAGAUACUGCCGGAAUGCCAGUGAAACCAUUCAAGCACGACCAUAGAAAAGAGAACCCCUAUCCGCAUGCAUUGCCACCGCUGCCCGUGCCACCCCUGUCACAGACGCUGGAGAAGUACUACAAAUCCCUUAAACCGUUCUUGAGUGAAGGCGAACUUAGACACACAAAGAAGCUGCUGGAUGAAUUUGCAAAACCUGGUGGUGAAGGCGAAGCGUUGCAGCAGCUUCUGGAGCAGCGUGCACAAAAACACGAGAACUGGUUGGAAGAUUGGUGGUUACAUAGAACAUACCUGGAAUAUCGACCUGGUCUUCCUGUGAAUGUCAGCCCCGGCAUCGUCUUCCCAUGUCUGCAUUUCUCCAAUCAGGAGGGCCAGCUCCGUACCGCUGCUGCAUUAAUUACGCACAUCCUUAAAUUUCGCGAAUUAAUUUAUUCGGGACAACUACAGCCUGAUGCCGUGAAGGGACAACCGGUGGAUAUGUCCCAGUAUUUGAAAAUUUUCGGCAGCUACCGUAUCCCAGGCGGUACGCAUGACGAGAUCAUCAUUGGCGAACAAGAAGUCGAGCAGCCUUUUAUUAUAGUGAUGCAUAAAAACGCGCUUUUUCAAAUUCCUAUUGAGGAUCCAUCCGGCCGUCCAUUCAGUCAUCACGAAUUGUAUCUGUAUUUGCUCAGCGUCGUUACCAAAGCCUCCUCCCAUCCCAGUGUCCCGGUCGGAAUGCUCACAUCACAGAAUCGCUCUGUGUGGUCGCAUGCCUAUAAAAUGCUUUCAAAGAACAAAUCUAAUCGGUUCAUGCUGGACCAAGUCCAGAAGAGUUUAUUCGUUGUAUGCUUGGAUUUACCUGUACCUAACAUCAAAGAGCACACCUUGACAUCUGCCGGUCGUCAGGUUUUACACGGAGGCGGCUCGCAGGAGAACAGCGGCAACCGAUGGUUCGAUAAAACGCUACAAUUAAUCGUCGGCGCAGAUGGUACAUGUGGAUGGAAUUAUGAACAUACAUUAAUUGAAGGCCCACCGCUAUUUCGUAUGAUGGAGUAUAUUGUGAAACAGACCGGAGAAGGUUUUCACACGAACCACCAUCAUGUCGAGAAACGGCAAAAUUUUUCAAAAUUUGCAGUCCCGGUGGAUGCCAAACAACUGACUUUCGAUUUGGAUAAGGAUAUGAUUGCUCAUAUCGAUACGGCAGUGGAUCUGAUGGAUACGCAUGUGGAGGAUGUUGAUUUGGACGUGCUUGACUUUACCGAUUAUGGAAAAGAUUUCAUAAAGAGCAGGAAAUAUAGCCCCGAUAGCUAUUUUCAAAUGGCCUUACAGCUGGCGUAUUAUCGACUAUACAAUCAAAUUCCUCCGACUUACGAAAGCGCAUCUACACGACAAUUUGCUCAUGGUCGCACGGAAACUAUUCGUUCUGCCAGUGAAGAAUCUAUGAAGUUUGUUAAAGCAGUCGUAGAAGGCGCCGGGAGCAAGGCUUCAAAAAAUCUCCUGACCGAGGCCGUUAACGCACACAAGAAAUAUGGUGCAGAGGCAUCAAAAGGUGCCGGUGUGGAUCGACACUUGCUGGGAUUGAAACUGACUGCGGUUGAGAAUGGGUAUAAUAUUCCGCCUUUUAUGAUGGAUGUUGGAUACACAACCAGCACACACUGGAAAUUAUCGACAAGUCAGGGGAAUUCUGACCUGAAAAGCUAUAUGUGCUAUGGUCCGGCUGUUGCUGAUGGGUUUGGAUGUUGUUAUAAUCCGAUGCACGAUAGGAUAAUAGCCGGUAUCACCGCCACUCGCUCCUAUCCGGGAACAAAUGCCAAGCGUUUCAUGGAGACUGUUGGCGACACAUUUUUGGACAUGAAAAGGCUGAUAGAAUAACAGCCAUGUUAUGUUUUUCAUUUUGUUUUAUUAAUUUUGUGAUCUUAAAAAUAUGUGUGUGACAAUGUGUGCAAUAUUUUGUAUAGUUUUUAGAAGAUUCGAUGAAGUUGCUUGUCGUCACUCGUACAAGUGCCUACUGCUGCUGAAUCUUGGGGUGGACCAUGGUUCAUGGGAUAUUAAAACGUCAUUCGAUCGUA